AUGGUGACAAUCCGCCCAGCAGCCCAUUCCGAUCUGCCCCAGAUUCAAUCCAUCAACACUUAUUACAUUCAAAACACUUCCCUGACCUUCAAACAAACCCCACCACCGGCGUCCACCCACGCCGCCAAACUAUCCGACCAGACAGCGCGAGGCCUGCCCUACCUCGUCGCAAUCGAGGACAACACAGGCACGGCCAAUGAAUCAAAUCAAGUCCUGGGCUAUGCAUCCCUCUCCCCAUUCCGCGGCCAUCUAGCCUCCUACGCACCAACGGUCGAACUAACCCUCUUCGUGCACCCGGAUCAUCAGUCCCGCGGCGUGGGCUCGAGCCUUCUCACUGCGUUGCUGGACCGCGUGCGCAAAGGAGAAGUGAGACAUCGGCCUGGUGAAGAGGGUGUUCCUGACUCUCCCGGGGAUGGGGUUCCCGUGAGGAAUGUGCUUGCGGUUAUGGCGGUUGAUCCUGAAGGGAUGGACGGUGGGGAGGCGCUGAGGAGCUGGUAUCUCCAGCGUGGGUUUGUAGAACGGGGAAGGUUGGUGGGGAUUGGGUUUAAGAGGGGGCACUGGUGA